UACUAACCUCUGAAUCGAGGAAGGAAAUUGAUGGGCUUGGUGCUGCAGUUAGCGUCGGUGUGCGUAAAAUGGCGGACGGUGACAUUGAUUUGUACGCCGAUGAUCUCGAGCAAGAUUUCGCGCAGGUAAUUCGAUCUUAUCUUUGAUAAUAAUACAGAGUUGAAUAUUAUUCGUAAUUAUUAAGAGCGAGAAUAUUAAAAAAAAUCAAUAGCCGAUAGUGAUAAAAAUACGCGUUAGUAUAUCGGAGUGUUCGGCGUCAUGGAGGAGCGAUGUUAACGAUCGCUCGAUGAACUCUGCGAAGCCCUUAUGCCCGUAAUACCAGUAUUAUCGUGAUCUGCUUUUGUGUGAAAGCAAUCGGAAUACGCGAAAACUUUUUUCUAAGCUACGUUUCAUAAAUAGUGCGUUUUGUGUAUACGCGUAAAAAAACUUCGGACCUAGCACAAAUACGAGUAAUAGAGGUUUCCAGCAGGAAAAUCAAAAUGGUGUUAGCGGACGAAUUUGCUGGCGAUGGUGUGGAUUUGUACGACGAUGUAAUCGCAGCCCCAGCAGGCGGUAAUGGUGGUGUUUCCAGUGGGAAUACUGGGGAUGGAGGAGGUGAUACUACAUCUACAAAUGAGGAAACUAAUGGGAAUGCACCUUAUCAUCAGCUUGGGAACAACAUCCAACCUAAUCAAAUAGGAAGACGUCAUCAACUAUACAUUGGGAAUUUAACUUGGUGGACAAGUGAUCAAGACAUAACUGAUGCGGUCCAAAGUAUCGGUGUAUCUGAUUUUGUUGAAGUAAAAUUCUUUGAAAAUAGGGCAAAUGGACAAUCUAAAGGUUUCUGUGUAAUUUCUCUGGGCUCAGAACAAAGCAUGAGAAUCUGUAUGGAAAGAUUACCUAAAAAAGAAUUACAUGGCCAAAAUCCAGUUGUAACAUUUCCAACGAAACAAGCUUUAAAUCAGUUCGAAUCUCAAUGCAAGACACGACCAGCACCUGCUCCUCAGCAAAGUCAGAGUCAGCGCCCUCAUAAUCCGCACCAACAUCAGCCGCCUAUGCCUCCUCAUCAACAACAUCCACAACAUCCACAACAUCCUCAACAUUCUCAACAAAAUCAUGGUCCUAGAAUGAUGAUGGGUCCUCCCCAGGGUGUUAGACCACAAAGAAUGCCACCACCAGGUAUGGGGCCACCUGGACCUGGUGGACCUGGCCAACAAGGUCCACCUCGAAUGCAUGGACCGCCUAUGGGUCCGGGUCCUGGACCACAUCAUCCUUUACCUGGACAUCCUAAUCAAGGCCCGCCUCCACCAGGAUAUCAGCAAGCACCAUGGAACAGUCCUAGACCAAAUGGUCCACCUGGACCACCAAGAGGUCCAAGUGGACCUGGUGGCCCGCCACAGCAAGGACCUCCAGGACCAGGACCUGGACAGCACAGACCACCAGGCAUGCAAUUUCAUGGUGGUCCACCUGGACCCCCUGGUCAGGGUCCUCCUCGUGGACCACCUGGACAUCCUGGAGGACCUCCAGGUGACCCCAGGGGUGCUCAGCCACGACCAGAAUGGAAUCGACCGCCAGGAAUGCAUCAUGGGCCUCAGGGACCACCAGGUUUCCCUCAACAUCAACAUAUGCAAGGCCCACAACCUGGCCAAGGGCCACCACAGAGAGGACCUCCUCCAGGUUCUAUGGGUGGAAUGUUACCAGGUCCAGGUGGUCCUCCUCCUGGACAUGGUGGACCUCCUCAGGGACCACCUCAAGGACCUCCAGGAGGGCCGGCACCGCAUGUGAAUCCAGCAUUUUUUCCACAAGGACCACCACAUCAACAUCCAGGACAACAUCCUCCAGGACCUCCUGGUCCUCCUCAUGGUCCACCUCAUGGCCCGCCUCACGGACCACCUCAUGGACCACCCCAUGGGCAACCGCAUGGUCCACCCCAUGGACCACCGCAUGUACCACCGCACGGCUAUGGGCCACCUGCAGCACAGCCACCUUAUGGUGCACCAGGACCUGAUCAUCGUCCUGAAGGUCCUCCUCCGCUUACAGAUCAAGAAUUUGAAGAAAUAAUGGGACGCAAUAGAACAGUGUCCUCUUCUGCUAUAGCCAGAGCAGUAUCGGAUGCUGCAGCAGGAGAAUAUGCAAGCGCCAUUGAAACUUUAGUUACUGCAAUUUCUUUAAUAAAACAAUCUAAAGUAGCUGCAGAUGAUAGAUGCAAAAUAUUGAUCAGUUCGCUUCAAGAUACUCUGCGAGGUGUUGAAACAAAGAGUUAUGGUUCUGCUCGCAGAGAACGUUCUCGUUCGCGAGACAGAGAACGUAGUCAUAGAAGACGUCGUGAACGAUCUAGAAGUCGUGAUCGAGAAUAUAGAGAACGUAGCAGAGACAGAGAUAGAGAACGUGAUCGAGAACGUGAUCGUGAAAGAGAAAGAGAUCGUGACCGUGAUAGGGAACGUUAUUAUAGUGAACCGUAUCCCCGAGAAAGAUCACGCAGCAGAGAGAGAGACCGUGAUCGAGAGAGAGAUCGGGAAUACAGAGAAAGGAGCAGAGAAGAAAGUACGACACGUCAGUCAGCCAGGCCAAGAGUAAAAGAAGAACCGCCAGAGGCGGCUCCUGUCUCGUCUUCCAAGGCGUCUAGGUAUUAUGACGAUCGCUACAGGGAACGUGAACGAGACAGAGAUCGAGAACGAGAAUCAAGCCGAAGACCAUCUGAACGAGAAAGAGAACCUGAACGUGAACGAGAACGGGAACGGGAAAGAGAUCGUCGUGAUGAAAGAGGAGACUCUUCGCAUCGGUCAAGACAUUAAACGGAUUUGAAGAGAACAAUAUAGUGGAAUGAUAAGGAUAACCCACAACAUUGUGAUCCUCAACGUAGUCUUGUUCGAUUUCAAAAAAGAAAAGAAAAAAAAAAAUUAAAAGGAACUACCGCUUGUAAUUACAAUGGACAUAUUUUGUCCAAUCAAGAUUCAUAAAAGAUGUUGACAAUGUUUUUAGUAGGAAGAUAUAUAUGAUAUCUUUUUUGCAUUCAACCUUAUAUAGUAAAUACGAUGAUAAUAUGAUUUAUGCGGUAAUUCGUGUGUUUAUUAUUUCAGUUAAAAAAAAAAAAAGAAAAAAAAAAAGAAAAAAAAAUAGAAAAAAGAAAAAAAAGCUCACAUUAUAAGAUUCAGUAGAAUUAUAUUAAUACACUUACGUUUCUUCUUCUUCUUCUUUU